AUGAUGGCAGAUUCACGAGAAGAACAUAUAAAAUCAUUACGACGAGAAACAGAAGAAAAGAAAAAGUUGGAGAACACAGUAAGGAAUCUCAAGAGAGAAAAAGAAGCUGUAAAAUGGGAAAAGAUUAACAAAGGAACACAAACAAGAUUUACUGUUAGCGUUGAGUCUG